ACCUUAUAUCCUGUGUAAACCUAUCCGUGCUACACCCAGCCGGAUCUCUGCUGACGUGUCGGCUCCUCCAGCAGCAGCGGAGUCAGCCAGGCAACACAAACUGCCAACAUGGCAGCAAAACACUUUUACCGACAGGGAUUUUUAUUACUUUUAUUUAAUUUUAUUGCAACUGCGGCCUUGGAGAAGAGGUUCUCCGACCUGAAAAGAUGCGCCGAUGAGGAGUGCAGCAUGCUCCUGAUUCGGGGAAAAGCUCUGAAAGAUUUCACGGGCCCAGAUUGUCGGUUCCUGACGUUCAAGAAAUCAGAAACAGUCUAUGUUUACUACAAACUGUCGGGUAAAAGGCCCGGUAUAUGGGCUGGAAGUGUUGGAAGUAACUUUGGUUAUUUCCCAGACAACCUUAUUACAGUUAACCACGUUUACACUGGGAAAGAAUUUGAAGUUCCAGCAGAGGAAACGGAUUUUGUCUGUUUUGACACCGGAUUUGAUAAGUUUGACAGUUACGAUGUAGAUUUACUUUUGGAGUCUUUACCGGAGGAUAAUGACGGUGAAAAUAAGGGAACAUCUGACCAAAUCGUACUAGCAGAGGACGUGCAGAAAGAAACACAGCCAUCAGAAGAGGAGGAAACUGAGAGUGAAAAACAAACUGAGAAUCAUGAUGACUCUGAGGAUCUUGAUGUAGUCCCAGAUGAUGAAAGUGCCUCCUUACCUGAACCUGACGUGGCAACUGAAUCACCUUCUACAGAAGAAGAAGAAGAAGAAGAAGAGUCUGAAACUGAAGCUACUCCCGAUGCUCCUGAAAGCCCAGCAGAACACACAGAAGUGAAGAAAGAACAUGCAUUCAAGUCAGUUCUUCAAAAGGUUGUGUUUAGAAGGAGUGAAACCAAAGAUAAAGCCACCAAACAUGAAGAGAAAUCUUUGCCCAAACAAGAUAUUGUUACAGAAAACGAACCAGUCACGAUUUCUGAAGGAAUGCAAAUCCCUAAGUUAAAAACUACCUUCGGAUCAACUUUCGAUGCUGUUACCUCUGAUGACGAAAUCACCCGGAGUGUAACCCCGUAUGAAGAGGAAGAGGAAGAGGGUGAAUUUGUUGAGAAUCCUCCCGAAGUUGACAUUGAUGUGAAAGACGAAAUUCCAUUGCUGUCUUUCUCUGAAGAAAACGUAAACACACCAGCAUCGGAUUCCCUCAAAAAGCAGGCAAUUCCUCCAACUACACAGGAAGUUAAACCGGACGCUGCAGAGGAGAAGAACAUGUGGACAUCUAUCGGGGAGGCCGUUUUUUCAGCCGUCACCGGUGGAGAGAGGACAGCAGCAGAUUUGACCUCGGAAGAAGACGAUGAGGAUGAGGAUGAGGUAGAAGACACUCCUCCAACACCCCUUGAUGCAGCCGAAAAAUCUGUAGAAGAAGAACCGGUAUCUGUAGAAUCACAACAAGAGCCAGAGAACAUCGAGGCAGACUUGGUGGAUCAUGAUGAUGAUGAUGACGAUGAGGGAGAAGUGAUCGGACCUGAGGACGCUCCGGAGGAAACUUUAAAACCAACUGAUGAGCCGAUUCACCAUCAAGUAGAAACAAUAUCCGUAGAUCCGGAAUCAGAAGAUGAAACCGUUGCCAUUCCUGAUGAUACCCAAAACUCUGAUAAUGAAACAUCAGAGGAACCCAUUGAGCACAAAGGGGAGGAAGAGGUCGAUGAUGAGGACUUUAUACAUGAGGCUGAUGAUGAUGUAGAAAAUAAUAUGGAUGAAAAGGCAACUGUGAUGGAUCAUAAAUUACCUGAAAUCGAAACACAUCAAGACACGUUCACAGAGGAGAUGCAAUCAAAUAAUUCAGAUAUAAAAGAUGAUGAAAAGACAGUAGAUGACACUCGACCUCAUGACAUACAGUUAAUGACUGAUUCAAACAGUAAUGACAGUGAACCGGAGAUUCAAGAGGAAGAUCUUACAGAGGAGUUGAAUGAUGAAAAAGAGAUAGAGAAAGCAGAGCAGAAACAAGAACUGCUUGAAGAUGAAAAUGCUCUUUCCUUCUCAAAAUCAGAUACCUCUGACGAAGCCUCACCUGAAGCUGCUCUGCCCACAGUGUCAACUCCAGAGCCGGAAUACAGCGACAGCGUCAUGAGACUGACUCUGCUCAGAUACCAUUUCUCCAAAGAGAAAAUGGAGCGGUUCCAAAAGCUGCUCGGCCUCAGUCAUCUCUUCAGAGUGGAGGCCAUGUUCUCUGACUUGGACACGGAGAUGCAGGUCAGUCGUCUCUCACACACAGGCACCGCACAAGAUAUUGAAAGUAUCCUCGAGGGCAUCCUGGAAGCCUCAGAGAAUUCCAUCCUGGACGAGAUUGAGAAGAUGCUGGAUGGCCAACAAGCAAAACGCAACUAUGUCGAACAUACGGACAAAAGUAGUACCGACGAGGAAACUGAAAUCCUGGAUGACUUCCAGGAGCUCGCAUUCGCCCUACGACAGAAGUAUUCAACAGUCAGUGACAGCACGCCUCUGGCUUCAUCAGAUAAUGAUAAAGAUGAGCACAUAUUAAAGGUAAAAGAUGACCAACCUGUCAUUGUUGAAGAAGACAGCGUUGUCAGCGUCCCUGAGGCCAAGAGUGAGGACAACCUCACAGUCACAGAUCAGGAGGAAAAGCCAGCUGUGAGUGAAGACGAGCCAGCGGUUCUGGAAGAGGUGCACCGUGGACCGGAGCUCAGUGUGGAGGAGGAUGGCGGACACUUUAACAAAAACAAAGACAAUCAGCUGAGCUUCAGUGCAUCAGACGAGCUGCCUAAAGUUCCUCAAGCCACUCUGGAAAACCCCUUAGACCUGGGCCUCGGUGUCGAGGUGGAGCACUCGCCCUCAGGAUCUUUGGACCCCAUGGAACCAGUGCCUGAAAUUCCCAAAGAAGAUGAAGGAGUGGGAUUAUUCUCCACUGGGAUCGUUUACAUGGGCUGCAUCCUUUCUAUAACGAAGAAUAAAAUUGCAGAGUGGGCUAUUGAGGUGAUUUCAUUACUGCCAGAAGAGUGGAAGCCAGGGGAAACCUUUUUCGGUUGUCCUUGGCAAGCUGUCAUCAUCACUGCUUUGGUUGGAGUAGUGACCUUCAUCCUUUUCUUCUGGAGGACCGUGUUGGCAGUGAAGAAGAGAGAAUACCUUGUGGAUGAAAAGAAGCUGACAGAGCAAAUGUUAGCGUUCAAAAAGGAGAAGAAUGAGGCCAUCGCCCAUAUGGCUGAUCUUCAGAAACAGACUGAACACCUGAAAGAAAGUCAAAAACAGUCGAAGGAAACCGUUAGUUCUACAAUGAAAAAGAUGCAAAACCUACAGAGUAAAGUUUUGGAGUCAGAAACACGGAACGAACUGAUUGAAGAAAAGAAGAAAUAUGCAAAACUACUGGAAAACGAGAGGUCAAACUCUCUGCAAAACAGCACCAGGAUUGAGAAAUUGGAGAAGUCAAACGAGAAGCUACAGCUCAGCAGGAAAAAGGCUCAGGAAGCUCUCGCUAAGACUACCGUUCUCCUGGACGAGGCCAAGAUCCGUGAAGAUGCCCGGAACGUUCAGCGCAAAUGUCUCGAGAAAGAUUACUCGGCACAAAAAGAAGAAAAUAAAACCCUGAAGAUAACCAUUAAGAGCUGGGAGGAGAAACACAAGGAGCUGAACGAGAAGAUUAAAGUCUACCAGAAGUCUCAGAAAGAGCUGGAGGACUCAGUGGUCCUUAAGGAUCACAACGUGGAGGUGCUGUCCGAUCUUCUGGCGGACCUGGACGCUUGUGAUUCACAAAAAGGGUCUUCCUCAGACAAGAAGACCGCCAUAACCAACAGGAUCAAACAGAUGAUGGAUGUUUCCCGGGUCCAGACCACUCUCACUGUAGUCGAAGAAGAGCGAGAUCGUUUCAUGACCAAACUACUGACUGAAGAAAAGACGAGAAAGUCUCUGGAAGAACAACACCAGGAGCUGGAGCAUUCAAUUGCAACCCUCAAAAGCGAUAAGAGCCAUGUAGAAAACCAGUUCAAGAUCCUCCAGCAGAAAAACGAAAUCAUGGUUGAGAUGUAUCAGCAGAAGGAAAACGCUUUGCAGCAGAGACUAACGAAGGAAGAGUUGGAGCGACGCAGCAAAGAGAGUCAGCUGACCGAGGUGGGGGGGAAAGCUGUGGAGGCGGAGGAGCAGGUGAAAAUCUUACGGCACCGCAUCAAUGAGAUGGAGGAGCAGAUGAAGAAGACGGAGGAGGUCUAUAAGGAGCAGGUUAAAGAACAGGAAAACAAAACUCACUCAAACUGGGUAAAUGCUCGUAAUGCAGAGCGAGCUCUCAAUCAAGAGAAGCUCGAAUCAUCAAAGCUCCGGGAAAAACUGGGAGUUCUCACCUCUCAGCUGAACGAGCGACGCGCUCCUCUCUUCAGACCAAACUCCGGACAGCAUGCCGGCCCUCGCCAAGGUGAUUCUUACGGGCCCUCUCCUGUGAGUGGGGGUGCACCCUCCCCUCCUAUAAUGAUAGAGGGUCCCAGGCGCCCUCCUUCUGCCCCAGUGGGGCGAAGAGUUGACCCGUAUGGUCCACGACCUCCCUCAGAUCCACACGGCCGCUACGCUGAGAACAAACACAUCCCGGGGAUGGACAUGAUGGGCCCCCGCAGCUCAUCACCCACCAACAUGGAUGUGUCGACACAGGCAGUAGAUCCUCAGAUUAAAGCAGAGGCGGAGGCUGCGGCCUCCACAGAGAGCCCAGAGCCAGGACCUGGAUCCUUCCUUGCGUCUCCAAUCAGAGACUCUCCAGGGCCCCUGGUCCCAGGCGGCCCCCCCGGCCCCCAUGACCCGCUCCUCCCUCCAGGACCCCACGGCCGCCUGCCUCCUCCCGGCCCGUACAGAGGCCCCCGGCCCGGCCCCUACCACCUCCCUCCAGGUCCUCACGGGCCCCUUCCUCCCAAUGUCCCGCCUCACCUUCACGGGCCUCCACUCCCAGCCAAUGGGCACCCAGGUAUACCAAUGGGAGGAGAGUAUGGACCUCGACCCGCCAACGGACAUGCGUUCCCCCCGCGGCCAGGCCCCGGACACAUGAUGGAUCCUCGGGGCCCCCUACCGCCACACUUCCGUCCCCUUCCACCUCAUCACUACGGGCCGAUGCCCCCUGGUGUCCGUGGACCAAUGGGACCUCGUCCGCCCUUCCCUCCAGAUAUGCGCUACCCAGGACCUCGGGACCACCCCGGCCCCCCCAUGAACCUGCCCCCCGGUCCCCCCCACCCUGCACACGGUGAUGCGUACGGCCCCCCCCCACCCGACGCCCUCCAUAACUCGCACAGCGGCCCCCGACAGGCGGCCCCUCAGGACUCCAGACCGCCCACGGUCAAGCCUUAAACACGCCAGAAGCCACGGCAGAGGACUUUACCCAGAAUGCAUCACUUUAACAACAAGAUCCAGUCUGAACUAAGGUCAUGGUAUUUUUCAUAUUUCAGUUAUAAAAAAAAAAAAGCUGCAAUUGUUUAUUAAAAAAGAAAGAAUAUGGUCCCUAAAUGAAAGCAUCAAUAAUUAUGUGUCUGAAGUCAAUGAUUUAAAAAGGGUUGCCACUUUUCUAAACUGCUUUUUGUGCAAUAAUUAAUUAUAUGCCAGAUUAUUUUCAUUUGUUCUUUAAAAAAAUAUAUAUAACGAUAAUUUUUAAGGGUCAAUUUUUUUUAAAUGUCAUUUCCUGUGGAAAUUAUUUUAAGAACGGAGAAAAAGGAAGGUGUUAAGCUUCUAGAAUUUCAGGAACAACCAUAAUUUCCCCAAGCUGUUGCUUCAGAGCCGACUGUAAAGGAAAUGUGAUGGCCAGAUGUAUAACUUAUUUUACUAUGUUGGUAGACAUUUUAAUAAUAAAGAAUGCAAAAGCUG